AUGGGGUUUGGUCUGAAAAGGAGGAAGAAGAGAGGAGAAGCAGAAGAAGAAGGAAGGAUGCGCAAGUCUUUCAAGGAUUCAGUCAAAGCUCUUGAAGCUGACAUCCACUUUGCCAACACACUAGCUUCUGAGUACCCAAGUGGCGGUGCCUGCUUCCAAAUGAGAUUGUCCUAUAGCCCAGCUGCUCAGUUCUUCCUUUUUUUGGUUCAAUGGACUGAUUGUCACAUUGCUGGAGUCUUAGGAUUGCUCAGAAUUCUAAUAUACAAGGCAUAUGAAGAUGGGAAGACAACCAUAUCCAACUAUGAAAGAAAAGCCAGUCUUAAGGAGUUCUAUGGGGUGGUGUUUCCCUCUUUAUUACAACUCCACAGAGGAAUCACUGAUGUUGAAGACAGAAAACAAAAACAUCUAUGUUCUACUAAGUAUAAGCUUAAAGAUUUGACAAGCAAAGGAAAGAUUUCUGAAAUUGACAUGGAGAGAGAAGUAGAGUGUGGUAUUUGCUUGGAGGUGAAUAGCAUGGUUGUAUUGCCCAACUGCAAUCAUUCAAUGUGUAUGAAAUGCUACCAAGACUGGCACGCAAGAUCUCAAUCUUGUCCUUUCUGCCGAGACAAUCUCAAAAGAGUAAACUCAGAUGAUCUUUGGAUCUACAUCGGCAGCAAUGAGAUUAAUGACUUGGCUUCAAUCAACAAGGAGAAUUUGAAAAGAUUAUUUAUGUACAUAGAAAGUUUGCCUCUAAUUGCCAGACCCUAUAUUCAUCAUGUCAUAUCCUCACCACUAGUGAUUGCCAAUUAG